ACCUGCUCCCUCUGGAUCUCCUGUCCUUCGUCCUGGAGAGGGACCCCUCCAGACUGGUCCCGGGGGUCCACAUGAAGCAGGCUGGAGGGGUGAGGGGCGUCACCUUCUCCAACCCUCACACCUCCAUGAGCUUCCCGUCCUCCCAGCUGCUGGUCGACUGUGAUCUCUUCCCGACACAGUUCUCCAUCGUUGUGACUCUAAAAGUCACCAGCGUUGCCCCCAAGAGAAAUGAAUACAUCUUCUCCUUGAUGGAGCCAAAAACUGCAGAGAAAAGAGACGUAGAGGAAGAGAAGAGCAACAAAGGAGACAUUUUGGAAGAGAUUAAAGAAGACGGAGAGAGGGAGAAGGAGCGUGGCCGGGUCAUCCUGGGGCUGAGGUUCUCCAGAAAACGUCUCCAUUUCCUGUUCAGAGGUCCCGGCGGGGUCGUGGAGCACUGGAUGUUUCGGGGCUCCAGACUGGCUGAUAACCAGUGGCACACACUGGUUCUAGUGGUGGGGAGUCACCACGCCAGGCUCACCGUGGACUGCAGCUCUCCUCUGGAAAUUGUUCCUUCGAGGCCGUUCCCCUCAGAUCUCAACAUUCAGGGGUCCAGAUUCCACAUCGGCAGUCGGGGGAGAUGGAAAGGAUUAUAUUCAGGUCUGCUGCGGCAGCUGGUUCUGGUGCCGGGUUCAGAUGCCACCCAUUAUAUCUGCCCCUCUUCAGACCCAAAACUAGCAGUUCUGUCAGUUCCACCACUUCUCUUAGACCUGCCCGUCACGGGGAGGGGGCGGGACAACCUCGUCACUUCCUACGAGACAGAGGAGCGAGUGUCUGUGGGGUUGGAGCGUCGGUGCUCAGAGCCGCUGCAGGGCCAGAUGUGGUUCAACCCUCUGAAGAAAGGCCUCUACCUGUGUGACGGGACGGUGUGGAUCACUGUACUGGAGGAUCAUAAACGACUGGACUACGUGUUGGAGCAUCAGGUCCUCUCCACCAGCUCAGAGACACAUGAUGUAGAGGUGUUUAAGGUUCCUGGCGUGGGUCUGAUGGCUGCUAUGGCUCACAGGUCGUCCUCCGGCUCUGCUGUGUAUCUCUGGAGUCAAACUGGUUUCCAUCUCUACCAGAAUAUCAGCACACACGGAGCUCUGGCUUGGAGACACUUCAGUAUGGGCAAGAAGAUAUUCCUGGUGGUGUCUAACUCUGGAGGAGGCUCAGACAAGCGCAAAGAAUCUGAGAUGGACGUUUCUGUGAUUUACAAAUGGAGCAAAAGAAGGAAACGGUUCGUGCGGUUUCAGACGGUGCAGACACACUGCGCUCGGGACUGGGAGGCCUUCACCAUCAACAGACAGACCUAUCUGGCUGUGGCCAAUCACAGACAAGGUGAUAAUAAUCACACGAUAGACAGUGUGAUUUACAAAUGGAACAAGCCCACAAAGUCUUUUGAGGUUCACCAGAUGCUGCCGACGGCGGGAGCCUACGACUGGGAGUUCUUCACGGUGGGACCGUACCACUUCCUGGUGGUGGCCAACGCCUUUAAUGGAGUCACCACCUCCGUAGACUCUGUCAUCUACGUUUGGGUCAACGGGAGCUUCCACGUGUUUCAGACUAUUAAGACGUACUGCGCCACAGACUGGGAAAUGUUUCAGAUUGGCAGCAGAGUCUUCCUAGUGGUUGCUAACGGACACCGACUCCAUGGCAACGGGCCGAGCCAGUACGCCAUCAACUCCACCAUCUACGAACUCGACAUGAUCGGACAGCUGUUCGUCCGCUUCCAGGACAUCGUCACCUACAGUGCAGUGGACUGGGAGUUCUUCAGCCUCGGGGAGGAAUAUUUUCUGGUUGUGGCGAACUCCUUUAACGGAGAAUCCUACUCUCUCAACAGCAUUCUCUACAGGUGGCGAGGAUAUGAAGGAUUUGUUCCUGUUCAUUGGCUCCCGACCAUCGGGUGCAGUGACUGGGAGUUUUUCAGCUCUAAAGGAGAAUCAUAUCUGAUCUACUCCAGUGCCAAAGCACCUCUCUCCAAAGUGUUUAAGCUGAAAACCUACUAGGCACAUAGCUUUGUUUGUGUGCUGUGUUUAUGUGUGUGAAAAUGUUUGCAGUAAUAUUUUAAACGUGUGAGUGGGUUUAAGUCUUUAAUGUGCCUUUAUAAUACUGUGCCUGUUCUCGAUUUACAUACAGCCAGGGACGUAGCAACUGUUAAUGUCAUAACUAGGGCCGGGACUCGAUUAAAAAAAAUAAUCUAAUUAAUUAGAGGCUUUGUAAUUAAUUAAUCAAAAUGAAUCACAUUUUAAUCGCAUAUAAAUAUUUGACCUGAGAACAGUGAGAAGUAAUUUUUUUUCACAUGGAUUUUUAGUAUACCAUUGAAUAAUGACUGAAUACAUAAGCUUAAGCAACAAAAAUAGUGUUUAUUUUUGUUCAAGUCCAACAGACCAGUGCAAUUUUUGCCAUUAAGUGUAGCAAUAGCAUAUUUAGAAAUAUAGUACAUUUCAUAAAUCCAGGUAGCCUAUAGGUAGGUAGACCUUCUGUAAACUAGAAUACUUUG